GCCCUUACAUGUAACCUUGUAGUCAUAAAGUGAUCGUAGCCCGUGCACGAUCAAAAAUGCGCUAACAUAACUUUUUGGCAUUUACAGGAUCACAGUUAUGUGGUUCCAUUUUGUCUAGAAACAGCAACAUUUUAAAGAAAAACUGAAAAUAUAACUAUCCCAGUUAAUCUGAGAGGGAUUAGUGAAAAGUGUGAAAUUCUAAAGUUAUUUUGAGUGAUCGCUAAAAGUUCAACAAUGCCUAAGAUAUUUCUGCUGCGUCAUGCGCUCGCUGAGCAAUCCUUGACGAUCGAAGGAACAGAGAAAUCUCGGGAUCAAAUCGAGGUUCUGGAUGGGUUAGAAGAAAGGUUUAUGGUAACCUCUCCGUCACAGGAUUUUAAACCAGCCUGUUACCCCUUCUCCUCCUUCUCUACCUCCUUCCCUGGGCAGGGGGGGGAGGACGGACCUCCUAAACUAACCCCUGAUAUAAAGGAGGCUAGCAAGGAUGGGCCUCUAGAGCUAGUUACUAGAAAACCUGAGCUCGAGUUAGAAGUCGAAGAUGAACCUAUGGAGGAAAGCACUGAGGUUCGAAGUCAAGAAUCAGUUCGAGUCCAAGAUACUGGGUUUCGAACACUGGCUGCCAGAAAGGCAUAUGACGAACCCCUUGAUAUUUCAAUCCAGAGAAAACAAAGAGAGGAAGACAUUCAGGAUUUUCAAAGGUUUAAUACCGAGCCAGGACCUAUAUAUUUUCCUGAUGAAAACGAUUCCCCUGUAAACCUUGUGGUUUCACGGCGUCCACAGUGGGAUGAAUCCCUUAAACUAUCCACCCAUCCUCCUCCCCUUCCUCCUCCUAAACAUCAUAAUCCAGUUCCUCUUCCCGCCCCCUCCCUUGGGCCCCCGGUAGUUACGCCCUCCUGGGAGAAGGUUCAAGAUAAACCUGUUGAUUUCUCCAAAAAGAAGCCGAAUGAUAAUCCACCAAAAGAUGUUCGAAGACAGGUCCCGCGGGAAUCCAUUUUCCAUCGAAACCUUUUAGUUCUUGUCCUUCGUAAGAUUAACGAGGAUCCAACCAAUGGUAGAAAUAUCGUGAAGAUGUUAAAGGUAGCGUGCACGCACGUUAAAACCAAUGGUUGCUCAGGGAGGAGUGGCUCCCCCCACCAAGCAGGGCAGGGAGCGGGUUUCAACUCCGGGGGUGGAGCAAACUUCUCCGGAUAUUCCAGCAGUGGGGGCGGGAGCCCUCACAGCAUCCGAAGCAGUAGCACUGAGAACGAUGACACCUUGUUUGAUCCAACCAUAGAAUUCUCCAGAAUUGAUUUUAAUCUGCCCGCCACCCGCCGUUGGUUGAACGAUAAUCCCGAGUUUAACCCGCUCAAGAUACUGGAUCAUAUCUCACUAAAGAACGGAUUUGGGGAUCAAAUCCCUUCUGAGAUCCCUAAACCUCCUCCCGAUCUUCCAAGCAUAGACCGUGAGGUUUCCAGUAUCCUUCAGCUAGCCGUCCCUGUCCCCGACCCCUCGGCCACCUUCAUGGAUAUCGGGACCGACUUCGGACCGAUGAGCAUGUAUGAGGAUGAUCCGUUUAAUCUUGAACAAGUGAAUCCCUCCAACUUUGUGAUGUCUGAACCUCAGUAUGACGGGAACAGGAACUCAAGGGUUCAACAGCAACAGCAACAGCAACAGCAGCAGAUUCAGCAGCAGCAACAUCUACUUCAGCAGCAACAACAACAGCUGCAGCCGGAGUUCUUCCAAAACUACGGGUUGGAGAAUAUGAUGAACCUAGAGAAGGAUUACUUGAUGCCUCAGAUCAAAACAGAACCCGUCAGCUUCAUUAAAGAAGAGAAUCCAGGGCCCCUGGUUAUGGAUAAUAUGAGCCCUGACACCUCCCCCUUGUAUCAGAAUCUAGUACGGAAUCCCAACAGACGCCCCCUUGGAACUGAUCAAUGGUGGUCAUGGAAUUAA